AUAAACAACAUGGAGGGAGGUGCAGACAUCGAAUCUUUUCUCAACAAAGUUGAAGAAAUAGAAUCUAUAGUUAAAGGAUUAAACUCUAGCAAAGAUGAAGAAGUUAAGGUGGCAGUACAAAAAGCUGAUGAGAAGCUGGCACACAUCAAAGCACAGGCUGAGGAUAUCUCAUCUGAAUGCAAGACAGGUGUCAACAGGACUGUGAUAAAUAAAUCUGUGAAGGAUGAAUUUGGUGAUCCCAAAAUCCAAUCUGGAAUGUCUCAAGAAUUGUUUAUGAAAGCCAUGGAGGAUGAUGCAAAGGAAAGAGCACAGAGGAGAAAAGUGAAUGAGAAAGCAGCAACUAAACUUAAAGAGGAGGGCAAUGAAGAAUUCAAGUCUGGAAAUUAUGAAAAAGCAGUGGAAUUAUACUCUAAGGCCUUGAACAAGCACAGAGACAGCCACGUACUGUACACUAACAGAGCCAUGGCCUUGAUUAAACUACAGAAAUACCAGGAGGCGCUCUCUGACUGUGAUUGGGCUCUGAGGGCAUUCCCCAACGCUACAAAAGCCUUUGUGCACCAAGGCAAGGCAUAUUUGGCUUUGGGCAACUUUGAUGAAGCUAGGAAUAGUUACAAACAGGGCCUACAAACUGAUCCCAAGAAAAAGAAAGUGUUUGAGGAUUACCUGGCAGAAGUAGACAGAGUUGAAAGGGCCAAGAAUCAAGAGGAAAAAGUGCAAGAGCUGUUUGAUUCAGGCUCAGAAGAAGCAGGUGGCCUUGUUGAGCUUCUAGAGAAAGUAAAGAAAGCAGAUCAACUGCCAUUGUUCUAUGCUGGUGGCUUCCGUGUCAUUGCCAAGUUACUGACUGGAGAGAUAGAGAAGACCCUGUUCAGGACACAAGGUGGCCUCCGCAUUCAUGUAGACCAUCAAACAGUUCAAAGGUGUCUCUCUGCCUCCCCCAGAAGUCUGUCCCAGGAAGAACUGGACCUGUUGAGCUCAGUUCUGGAACUCUUAUCUCAAGCUUGUUUUGACAAUGAGACGAGUCAGGAGCAGAUCCUGGAGGUGGGAAAUCUACCAGCCCAGUUACCAAACUUCCUAGAUGCCAAACUCAAGGGUCAAGGACACCAUCUGAAGGAGGCCAUUGUGUCAUUCUUACACUGUCUCUCACUUACUAACGUGGGCAGAUGCAAAAUUGUCCAAAGCUUUGAGCUGUCAAGAUUGACCAACUGGGCAUUUGCCUGUACCCAGUCAAAUGUGCCUUUGGCUGUGAAUGCUGUAGGAAUGCUGAAUAACCUAGCUCUGGACCAAAGAUUUAGACAACAGAUGAGAGAUGUCAUUGAGGAUCAGGUGGUUCCGGCAUUUGAAGCACUCAUUGAGAAGACUUGUGGCUCUACCUUAGCUGUGUUACCCUCCAGUAUUCACAUGGUGGUCAAUUUGGCAGGGGAUGGCAUCAUUCGUAAGAAACUGAUGAGAAAAGAUUCUCUUUGGAAAACUUGUAUUUCUGCUCUGGACCAUUUUUCAGAUCGUAAGACUCAGCCCCUGAUUAGUGAGAUCCUCCAAGCUAUUCUGGCCCUUUUGGUCAACAUGAGUUCUGAGGUCAGUCCUCAACUUGGUGACCAUGCCUACAGCUGCUGUGUGAGCUGCUUGACCCUUACCACACCACCCUGCUCACAUCAGGUGGUAGAGAGGUGUGUAUGUGUGCUCAGUCUGGCCCUACCUCACUCACCAGAGGCCGUGGACUGGCUCACCAAGCACUCACAUCUUCACCUCUUGCUCACCUCUAUACAGUCUGAAAAUUCCAGCCUGGUGAAACCAGCUUUGAAAAGUCUUACAGUUAGUGCAAAAGUCAGUCCAAAGGUUCGCCAGCACAUAGUGGACAAUAAUGGAAUACCCUUCUUGGUCAAGUUGCUGAAGUCUGUGGAUGAGAGUAUGGUGGGGAAUGCUGCACUAUGCCUGGGUUACUGCAUAGAGAUAAGGGGAAUGUGUGCCUCCUUGGCGGACACCACCAUCGUGAAGGACUUGCUGGUUCUGGCCAGAGAUGGAAAGAUUGCAGAUGUUCAGCAGAACUGUGGCAUAUUACUGGCUAAACUGGCCCAGGGAGACAAAAGACAUUUAGAACGUCUACGUGAGCUACAUGGCAUUGAAAUACUUCACCAAGCAUGUGGAAAGAACAUUAAGUAAUGUUUCUUCGUCAUACCCAUCCCAUAUUUAUUGAAUAAAGC